CACACGUGCUUUUCUGUGAGGACGGAUUGUUACUUUGUGGAUGCUGUGGAUACUGUGAAAAAGGUUUCCUGCAUUCAGUUACAUCUAAAAAAAAAGUCGACAAAUUCUGAGUAAUGCUGAUCCGGAAGUGAGUCUCGAAGGGAAGUAUAUAGUGAUGAGGCUGGAAGUUGCCACUCAGCCCAACGUAGAAUGUUUCCCCGAUUGCCAACUGUGUACAGGUUUUUUUGUGUAUUACUUGUUUUCAGUGUAAUAUUGUACACAUUCCUGUUACAACGCAUCACAAAAACUGUUAACUCGUCACCCAAACUUCCCUGGCAAGAAUUUGUCGUCAGUGACUCCAAACUAGACCACAUCGAUUCCUUUCCGCGCAAACCGGAAGCUUCAACUUUUCAUCGUCCUCACGUGCAGAAAAAACAGACAACAGAUUGGGUUGUUGUGAAUACUACACCAAGUAAAACAUAUAAUGAUGACGUAGUAAACCCUCACACAUUUCAAUAUUUGUUAAACCCGCGUGGACUAUGUCAGGACAAUGUGUACCUCAUCAUUUAUGUCCACACAGCACCUCCCAAUUUUCACAAACGCCAAAUGCUUAGACAAACCUGGGGACAAAAAUCGAUCUUGAACAAACAUCGAUCCAAAAUGGUGUUCAUAAUGGGAUCAGUUCCAGAUCAUCGUGUCAUGGACAAAGUUAAAAUGGAGCAUGCGCAUUACGGGGAUAUCGUACAGGAGGAUUUCAUUGACUCCUAUCGGAACUUAACACACAAAGGUAUAGCGGCAUUAAAUUGGAUUUCUAACUUCUGUAGUAACGCCACAUAUGCCCUUAAAACAGACGAUGACAUCAUGGUGAAUAUAUUCAAACUGGUGUCCAAACUAACCUCUGACAUCGAGCAUCGCCUAGGCAAGAAAAACUUGAUACUAUGUAACCAAUGGCUGCGCAUGAAAGUUCUUCGAGACAAGAAAAGUAAAUGGUACAUUCCAAAAGAAGAUUUUGAGCCAAAUUAUUUCCCGCCAUAUUGCUCAGGGUCGGCGUUUGUUCUAAGUAUUGACGUUAUCAAGCGAAUGUCUGCUGUUGCGAAAUACGUGCCGUUUUUCUGGGUCGAUGAUUAUUACAUCACAGGCAUGCUUGCAAAACGAGUGGGCGUAACCCAGCAACGUCUGAACGACGCUUACAUUCUGAACGGCAAAGUUGUCGUGGAUAGAUUUAAGAAUGACACCAACAACAAAUUACUGUUUUUUCAUGUAGGGAAACAAAACACCAUUUAUUCCAUGUGGGAGAUAUUAAAAGAAAGAUUGCGAGUGCGUACAGAUAACUUUACGUGGAAUCCUGGUAGCUAAAAUCUCUUUAUUAUAGUGCAUCUUAAUUUUUUUUAUUGUAUCAUACUGUUCAUAAAUCAAAUUUUAUCAUUUAAAUAAUAAAACUUU